UUCGCGGGUCGCCAUCGAACAAUGCGUCGGCACAUGUGUUUUAUGGGCUAGCUGAAAUCGUAAAACAAAACGAAAAAAUUAAAAAUAAAUACAGAGAACGCGGAGUGUAACGGUUGGAUUGUCUAACGUGUGUAGCUGUAAAAGCAAACUAUUAGAAAUGCAAGGAAAAUAUUGAAAAAAAAAAAAUAUGUAUAUAUAUAUGAAUAUCUAUGAAAAGAGAAAUGAAUGCAUAAUUAUUGUUUCAUAAGUGAUGAAUAUAAACAAAUAAAAUUUCGGAAAUUUUAAUAGAUUUGUGUAACACGAAGUGCCGAGUUGAGAAAUGCUCCUGAGUUGAUUGCAAAUAGUUGCAGAGGCUAAUUUUCGAAAUUUUGUAUUUUAUUAAUUAUUAAUUGAAAUGAGAUCGAAAUUAAAAAAAAGUAUAACUUCAGCACCGGAUAUCGGAAGUCUAUUUACACCGCUCGGAAAUUUCUCUUUGCCUCCGUUAACUAGCAUAAAAGCAGCGCUGCUGGUAGUCGGCCUCACUUAAAAAUCAAUUGCUCCUGACUUGCAAAGCCAUCUACUUACACGUGUGUGAGGAAUUCAUAAUGAAAGUUUUUCAAUGCAAAAAUUAAUUAUUUAAAUACCUUCAUCACUGGUUUCGACGAGGAUUGUUCACUGAUGAAUUGAGAUUUUUGAAACGCCACAAACCAAGCUUCCAACUGCAACUCUCAACUACGAUGUUUCCUUGAAUUGUGCCAUUUUUCCAAAAUAAUAAAACCCCGAUCGCGUAAAGAAGUAGAGAACAAAUGAGCCAAUGUAAUAAAUCGUGUAAACCACUCUAAGCAAUCGAAUCCUGUCCGCAAAAAAAUCUUUUUUGUUCCAAAUUCUAUUCAUUAUAAAAUAGUCUUUUCACUUUAUCAAAUCAUCAAAAAAAAAAACAAAAAAAAAACCGUUUCACAACAACGUAACUGCAUGAGAAGCAGUAGCGAAAUAAUUAUACAAUAACAACAAAAACAUGCCGCUUCCUAGUUUAGUGCACCACAACUCGCACAGUAGAAGCUGAUCAGCUGCAACCGGUGAGGCGCAAACGCUUGAUUAGACAACAAAUUAUUGUUAAGUAGCAGCACUUUUGAAAGCGAAACUCAAAAAAUCAAUCUAUCACCAUUUAAUUAGUCCACUCAUCUACAUAUAUGUAAAUGCAUAGAUAAAUUCAUAGUAAACAGUAAUUAAGAAAUUAAAAGUAAACGUCAAAUUUGAGCCUAGUAUGCAAAAAUAUGUAGAAAUAGCAAAGCACGUGCUUCCUAGUAGAGACCUCAACAUUUACAGAUAUUAAAAAAAAAUUAAUAAACACGCAACUAAGGGGGCAAAAAUUCAUCAAAGGGUACACUUUCAUUGCUCCACUCGCAGCAUUGCAAUUCAAUAAAAAGCUGAAAGGCAUUUUAAAAGCACAGAAUCGCAGCGAAUAUCAAACUAUAUACAGCAAACAAAACAACAUCGGAUUGUAAAAUAUUUCGCCGUCACACUACACUGCUUCAGCUUCCAAAGCUCAAUACUAAUUUAGGAGUAGCACCGCACUUAUUAACUCCAGCGUUUGAGUGACAAGCAGAACACCGCAUAUUGUACCCAAUUACCGACACGCCUAACUGCACUCACACAUACUCACACACUUGUGACGCCCGUAAUAACCGUCCAACUUACGAGCCACACCAGAGCUAUCAAAAUAAACGGUAAGGAAAGAGCCUAAUCCAUACGCGUCCAGCAAAAACGCCGGCGGCUUAGUUGGUGUUGUUGCCACAACUGCAAGAGACUUACGAAUUACUUUACUUUAAAGCGCGUUGCUCUAGGCCGCAUAGCAAAGUCCGCCGUCGCAUAAAGGGCCAUAAGAAGAAAACCUUACUUGCGUUGAAGAGAAAGCAACAGAGAUAAUACUAUUCAAGAUGGGCUCCACAUUUGUUAGUAGAAAACGGAGUCGCGAUCGUACGCUGAUCGCGAUAUUCUGUCUGCUCUUGGUGUGCACAACAACGCUCAGACUUGUACAAGGCGCUGAGACGCCCAACAACGGUACCACAAAUGAUUUGAUGGCCGUUGACAACAAACCAGAUGAUAAAGUGACUCGUAAUACGGACGAAGUGGCGCUAAAAUCGGACGUGAAUGCUGUAGCUGAAGCCGGCGGUGUCGGUAGUGGUGACAGAAACACUCGGAAUGAUAUUCAAAAUGAUGAUGGCGGUAGCGAAAAUGAUGAUGUUGGUAGUGUUAAUGGGUCGGAGGUUACUUCAAUAGAAGGUGAUAAUGUCACCGCCUUGCCACAACACAGUGGUAGCUCAUUGCAAUGCAAAGAUGGUUUGUUGCUUAAAGUUUGGAUGCCAAUUGACAAUGUGAGUACCGGUGAUCGCGUUGCGCGGGGCCUUGUGUACUUCUUAGCGAUGACGUAUUUGUUCAUUGGCGUUUCAAUUGUAUCAGAUCGUUUUAUGGCGGCGAUUGAAGUGAUCACGUCCAAGGAGAAGGAGGUGGUUAUUAAGAAAAAAGGCGGCGAGACACAGGUGGUCGUGGUGCGAGUCUGGAAUGAGACUGUUGCUAAUUUGACGCUGAUGGCGUUGGGCUCCAGUGCGCCAGAGAUACUUCUGUCCGUUAUUGAAAUGUUUCAAAAGGGGUUUGAGGCGGGCGAUUUAGGUCCGGGCACAAUAGUCGGCUCAGCCGCUUAUAAUCUAUUUGUGAUUAUCGCCCUUUGUAUUGCGGUUAUACCGAAUGGGCAAGUGCGCAAAAUUAAACAUUUGCGGGUAUUCAUUGUAACAGCCGCUUGGUCGUUGUUCGCCUACGUUUGGCUAUAUUUGAUAUUGGCGCAAAUUUCGCCAGGUCGCGUUGAAGUAUGGGAGGGUCUAUUGACAUUCAUAUUCUUCCCCACUACCGUGCUGACAGCUUAUAUAGCCGACAGACGUUUGUUGAUUUAUAAAUAUCUUGACAAGAAUUAUCGCAUGAAUAAGCGGGGCGUUAUUGUGAGCGCCGAGGGCGAUGCCGCACUCGAGAUGAAUCGUCACGAAAGCAUCAAGGAACUAGCAGAGAACGAAGAAAUGAGGGAGUUCGAGGACGCACGACGUGAAUACAUUUCAACGCUGAAGGAACUACGUAAGAAGUACCCACAAAGCGAUCUGGAGCAAUUAGAAAUGAUGGCUCAGGAGCAAUUGAUAAAUCGGGGCCCCAAAUCGCGCGCUUUCUACCGCAUACAAGCCACACGUAAGAUGAUGGGCAGCGGCAAUAUAAUGCGCAAAGUGCAGGAGCGUGCUCUUACCGAUCUAAACGAAGUAAAAGCACAGCUGCAGCGCGUCGAAGUGGACAGCGAAGAAGAUGAUACGACGGUACGCAUCUGCUUCGCGCCCGGCCACUACACUGUCAUGGAGAGUUGUGGUGAAUUUGAGUUACGCGUGGAGCGCCGUGGUGAUCUCUCCGGUUAUACAACGGUUGAAUAUCAAACGGAAGACGGUUCCGCCGAAGCGGGUAGCGAUUAUAUUGGUAAGAAAGGUGUUCUCACCUUUCCGCCGGGUGUCGAUGAACAACGUUUUAAAAUCGAAGUAAUCGAUGAUGACGUGUUCGAACAAGAUGAACAUUUUUACGUGCGUUUGAAUAAUCCAUCGGAUCCGGCAAUAUUGGCAGUACCAAAAGUGGCCACUGUCAUGAUACUCGAUGACGAUCACGCGGGCAUUUUUGCCUUUAAUCAAAAGACGUAUGAAUUCGCGGAAUCCGUUGGCACAUUCGACUUGAAGGUGCAGCGUUAUUCGGGUGCGCGAGGCAAGGUAAUAAUACCAUUUUGGACGGAAGAUGGAACUGGCAAGGCAGGCAAGGAUUACGAACCAAUGCAGGGAGAGUUAGUGUUCGAAAAUAACGAAACUGAGUGA